UUGUGAUGAUGGAAGCCACACCUAAAUAUCUGCACAUGAUGCCUUCCUGAAGCUUGACCAGCUUGCUUGACAGCAGUUUAUCAUGAGUCUCAACAAUCAGGAGGUUGAGGAACCUGUUGAGCAUGUUUUUCCUUCAAUGUCUGCCAAUGAUGCAAUGUUCAGGACUGCUGUGCAAAAAGUCCAUGAUCUGUACAAGACAUGGAAGAAUCAAAUGUUGACUGAGGCAGACUGUGUGUUUAGAGACAUUGCAGUGAUUGCAGGGGAUAGACUGUCAGAAGUGCAAGAUUUUAAGAUACUGGGUGCGUGGUUGUCAGAGCAUUUCCAGGAGUGGUGGCUGUCUCAUGUCUUCCCAUGGGCAGAAGAAGUUGUUAGAUGGAAUGAAUGUUCUCCAAAUGGGAUUUGAUGGGCCAGAUGUGAGUUGUCCUCCAAUUGCCCCCUUGGCUUU